GUACAGCUGUGCGCGGUAGCAGCGGCCGUUGCCGCCGCCAGCUCUGAUGUCUGGUGCAAGUUGAAAAGCGGCCUUCGAAGGCAUCGAAACGUGUGCUCCUCCGCUCCGUGGUUGCUGUUAGCGAUCGCGUAGUGUGCUGCGUAUCGCGGGAGAGAAAAAAAAACCCGCACGUUAGUCCCCCUGGGACUGGAGCCAUUGUUUACAGUGAUGAUAACGGUUUGAGACGUCGCUCCCCCCGAGGUUCACAAUCUAGGAAAAAUUCAAUCAAUUAACAGCGACCACUGCAACGCCGACGACGACUCGCUCGCUUGUACUUGCUCUGCAAUCGAUCAUGCUGUUUGCCGCGUUGAACUGACAGCAUCAACAUCAGGCUGCGCGAUAAGCGAGGAAAAGGUGUUUGUGACCAGUGCAGCAGGCGAAAGCGAGACGUGCGUUAAUCGCCACAGUUGCCUACAGUGUCCCCUCAGUGGCCACCACGUCGUGGAACGCGAACGAACGAACCGUGCCGCCGUGUUGCUUCUUCGCGACCAGUCUCGGAACCUGAACCCUCCCCGCCGGGAGGUAGUGCAGCGGCAUUGCGCCGCCGAGUGCAAUGACCGGUGGUGUGGUCAAUGCUGGUGUUCCAGUGCCACAGAAGAGUGUUUUGUUCGACAACAACGUACGCAUAUUAACCGCUAGCGGCCCGUGAACGUGAUAGACAACCCACCAAGUUUGUUGUGGCCUUUCUCGCGGAAUCGUGGAAUAACCCAGCAAGAAGACCUCCGCUGAACUCCGGCGAAUCAUCGACCAAUCGAGCCCCAUCCAGGCCUCAUUUUUGGGUGUUGAUUCGUUCUUAUCGUGGGACGCAGCUGGUGGCGCCGCCGCCACACGUAAUAUCAAGCUCCACUGGUGCCGUCUUCAUUUCCUGGUUGAUCCUGGCUGGGGGCGGGGAGGAAUGGCCCAUUACACACCGAAAGCGAAGAAAAGCACCGGCAGCAUGAUGAAGGCCAUCUACGAGCAGCUGUACCUCAAUUGUUCCACCAUCCGGAAGCUGCACUACGAAGAAGUGCCCGAUUCGUACGAGUACAGCCCGGGAAAGCAUAAUCACCAGCAGCAGCCAGCCUAUGCUGCACAUCAUCCUGCUUCACCGUACCACCAACAGACUGCGGCCCAGCAACAGAGCCAAUCGGAGGCCGGAAGUCCGGCUAGCGAUGCGGUGAUGAUCAAGAUCGAUGUAUCCUCGCCGGUACGCGGCGGGGAUGAUCAGCAACGGUAUCCGAAAGAGAUUGGCAAAACUCUGCUGGCGCUGCUGUUUCUAGCCUUCAAUUUCUUCCUCGCCACCGUAUCGCUCUCGCUGGUACACGAUCGCGUGCCCGAUCGAGACACACACGAGCCGCUGCCGGAUGCAUUUCUGGAUCGGGUUGCGCCCCAGGAUUGGGCGCUCGAUGUGAGCGAAAUCCUCAUCAUGGUCGUGGUGAAUUCCUGUGUUGUGUUGAUCACCUUCCACAAGCAUCGCUUCAUUGUGAUGCGGCGAGUGUUUCUACUGCUCUCGAUCCUCUAUCUGAUGCGAUCGAUGACGAUGUACGUGACGGUGUUGCCGGUUUCGAGCCGUACCUACUACUGCAGCCCAAAAUCGAACGCCAGCAGUGCGACGGUGAUCGUCAAGCGUGCCUUCCAGCUCAUUUCCGGUAUGGGCCUUUCGAUCAACGGGAAGCAGAUCUACUGCGGUGACUACAUCUACAGUGGCCACACGGUGACGCUCGUGUUGGGCUACCUAGUGAUAUCGGAAUAUUCACCGAAACGAUUCUGGCCUAUCCACUGGCUGUACUGGGCUGCGAGCAUGACCGGUGUGGUGAUGGUACUAGUGGCUCACGGCCACUACACGGUCGACGUACUGAUUGCUUACUACGCCACGACGAGACUCUUCUGGACGUACCAUACGCUAGCGAACAAUAGCUUACUUUUGAAGCAAAACGGCAACAAUUACAUUGGCCGCGAGUGGUGGUACCCGGGCUUCCGGUACUUUGAGCGUAACGUACGCGGCCCGAUACCACUCCAGUACGAUCUGCCGAUUUCGAUGCCAGCGGCGUGGAUGAAGAAGAGUCCGAAGUUGCCGGGACGCGAAAGUUGAUACGGUUAGGGGGGUGGGGAAGUAUCGAGACACCACCCGUCUCUCGCCUGCCAUCGUAACGCCACCCCAAAGGCCAACGCCCGUGAAAGGUAAACGGAUAACGUGGUCACUCUUGUGCACCGCCGCACACCUUCCAAUCGCGGGUGUGGGCAUCGAUAGAACCACCUUUGAUAAUGUGAUUAUAAUAGGUUGUGGAAGAGAAGAACGAAACGGAGAGGCGAGGGAACAAAACUAAAAAUGAAAGACUUCCGAAGACAAACCGUAAUUCGUGGCAAGAUACGCUACUCUUGCUUCUUAGCUACAGCUCGUUCCGUUUGAUGUCUGUCAGCUACCUAUCUACUGUCGUCGCCCCACACAGACUAUCUCUCCAUCAUCUUUCUUCCUUUGAGAAAGGUGGCUUUACCGUAGGUCAUAUAGCCAGUUCUGAUUUGUAGAACCAAGUGAUAGGGCACGGUAUCACUACCAAGAAACCAUCCUUUCCCCUUUACGGAACGAAACAACGAAGUGUUUUAAACGUACCAUAUCUUUAUAGGACUUUUAAGUGUUUUGUCUUGUGUCGCGGAAAAGGCGGAGCAGCGGAUUUGGUUUGCCAAACAAAAUGAACCACACUCUGUAGGAUUAGUGGCCCCCCGGUCUAUUAGCAUUUAGAUGAACGUUCUCCAAGGCGAUGAGGACAUUUUGACCAUACAAAAAAGAGAACCCCAAAACAAUCGAAAUGUGAUAAAACAGUGAACAACGUCUGCAAGAUCCAAAAAAAAAUAGAAAAAACAACUGACCCCAUCCUGCCUGUGUAAGAAUGGGACACGGAACUGGGAAUGUGAUGCAUUUCCUUUUGUCUGUUUGGAAUAGUUUCGAGUGAAAUGACGCCGUGUGUUGGUGGUCGUUAGUUAGAUAAUUGCUUUUGUAGUGCCCCGUAAGAUUUUUGGGAGUGAAGUUGUGUCUGAUCGAAAAUCUCAUCUUAACCAUGAACGACCGAUCGUCACGCCUCCACACGCCGUUCGAUCAUCACGGAACACCACACAAUAGCACACAGUCCCCUUUACAUAUAAAAGAGACAAAGCGAUGGGCGGCGUGACGCGUACGCUCAUUGCUGCUUGGAUGGAUACUCCCUCCCUAUCCCACGGAUUCCUUGCGACUGUUGUUAACUUAUUCCUGUGUGCCUUCUGGUGAGAAACCAUAACUGAAACUAAAAUGUUAACGAAACAAUCCUAAUACUGCCUUGUAUAAAGAGAAAGGAAAGACCAAAAUAGUGAAAUUAUAGAUGAGGCUGGUUGGUGUAAUGCGUAGAAUAGUUAGAACUUGGCGUCUCUAUCGGUUCCGAUCAUCUCGGAAUCAUUUGAGGACAAUGUUCUAGGCUUGCUAUACUGCUGAUUCGAUGUGCCUUCCGGUAGGAUUUAUGUAAAUAGUAGCGAAUGAAUAGGAGAAGGAGGGAUAGUCGAAAAGUAAAACGAAGUUGAACUACGAUGGAUAUUUUAGUCAAAAGAUCAGAAAACGAAUGUUAUUGAAAGAAAGAAGAGAAAUAAACGUUUUAAAUAGAAAAAAUA